AUGAGCGGUAUUGUUCUCAAGAACCGCUCUAACGUUUCCCAUUUCAUCAUGUUGCAACGACAAUCAAUGUUCAUAAACCAUUCCUGUAAUCCAAUUAGACUUCAUUCUCUUCUCUGCAACAAGCUUCAUUCCAAACCUUACUUUCGAUUACCGGAUUUUGUCAAGAAACCCAAACAACAUGAAAUUUCUCCGGGGUCUUUGUUUUCUUCUUCGUCUUCUUCUUCAACAGCUUCCGUUUCGAAAGUUGGUUUUGUAGGUUGGUAUUUGGGGAUGAUUAAGUCACAUCCUAUUCUCACUAAAAGUAUUACUUCUGCACUUAUUUAUACCGCCGCUGAUUUAUCCUCCCAGACUAUUGAGUGGCAACCAUCAAAAUCUUAUGAUUUUGUAAGGACUUUACGCAUGGCGGGAUAUGGGAUGAUCAUUUUAGGACCAACACUACAUUUUUGGUUCAAUUUUAUGUCAAAGCUUUUCCCAAAGAGGGAUCUUUUCUCUACAUUGAAGAAAAUGGUCAUGGGCCAGACACUCUAUGGACCUGCCAUGACUGUUAUUUUCUUCUCCUCGAAUGCUGGUGUCCAAGGUGAAAACGGUAAAGAGAUUGUUGCCCGUUUAAAGCGCGAUUUGCUUCCUACAUUGUUAAAUGGAGUCAUGUACUGGCCCAUAUGUGAUUUUAUUACUUUUAGAUUCAUUCCUGUCCAUUUACAGCCAUUAGUCAGCAAUUCAUUCGCGUACUUGUGGACCAUUUAUAUGACCUAUAUGGCAGGCCUAGAGAAAGCCGAGAUAACUAGCUGA